AUGAAUGGAGCCGUGGAGGCUUCCAACAAAAACAUCAAGAGAAUCCUGAGAAAGAUGAUCGACAACUACAAGGAUUGGCAUGAGCAGUUACCUUUUGCUUUGUUGGGGUACCGAACUACAACCCGAACUUCCACCAAGGCAACCCCGUACCUCCUUGUCUACGGUACAGAAACAGUUAUACCCACAGAAGUAGAGAUCCCUUCACUCAGAAUCAUCCAAGAAGCAAAGCUAAAUGAUGCAGAAUGGGUCAAGAACCGCUAUGAGCAGCUGGCUGCAAUAGAUGAAAAAGAGAAUGGUGGCAGUAUGCCAUGGGCAGCUGUACAAACAAAGAAUGUCUUGGGCCUUCAACAAGCGAGUCAGACCCAACUCUUUCAAAUUGGACAGCUCGUACUCAAGCAAGUAUUCCCUCACCAAGAGGAAUACAGAGGAAAACUUGUACCAAACUGGCAAGGACCAUACAUGGUUUUAAACAGGACAGAGGAGAGGUCAUCAAUCAAAGAUGAGAAACGAGCUCGACCUGAUAUCAGAUAA